UCCUGGCCUACGCAAUCUCCAAGAAGGCUCGGGAGAUGGAGCUGCCUCCGGAAGAUGUGGAAGAAUUCUGCAAUCUCGCAGACAACAUCCUGAACCUCUGUGCGGCGUCGGCUGUGUGCUCCUCCCGCAUCGCACAUGGGGGGUGAUUGGAAAACUGGAGAAUAAGAGGCCCCUGACCACUCUGUGCAGAAAGACCAUCGGGGCAGAUGUGACCAAUGAACUCGAGGAAUAUGACAAAACACUAGAGAAGGAACGAACUGCUCAAAAGAUGAACCUUCAGAAGCAGCUAGUGAAGAUCCAUAAUGAUGUACAGAAAUUUCAGAGACAUCUAAAUGAUGUUACUGCGACUCCUGAAUCGAUUGAAAGACUUAAAGAAAAGGCGUCAGAGGUGGAAGGGUCAAUAAACGCUCUAAAGGAGGAGCGCCGUUUAUGCUUUAAGGAAUAUUUAAAGGAGGAGCGGACGUGCAGCCAGGAGGUUACUGCUUAUGAGAAGAAGACUGAAAACUGGAGUCUUCCAUUUAACUCAAACCCCAAGUUACCUGCGGCUUCUGCUCUUAAGACCAAACCCGCCAACAGAGACCUACCGGCAGAGGUCAAAGCUUUGGAGGAUUUCCUGCAGAAGACAGAAGGUCCUCAUGGAGGCUGGGACCAAUUGGAUCACCAAACGUUCUUAAGAGUCUGGAUGAAGCACAGUGGGCGGCCAUCGUACAGGAAGGAGGCGAAACUGUACCUGCCAGGUAAAACACAGGAGCAGAUGCAGCAACAUGAGAGCUGGCUUCAGGAGCUGCUGCACCUGCAACACAACAAGAGAGAGACUGUCCAAAACAAUCCGUCGAGCUUCAUCCCCUACACAAUCGUUGUGGAUUGCGACUAA